AACACGCUUUCAAAAUGAGUUCGAGCGAUGAGGAAACUGACAUGGAAUUUUCGUUUAUUAGAGAGAACAGCAUAAGUCAGCAGGAGAAAGUGAAGGCAUUCUGGAAGUUUCUGGAUGCUCAGAAUUGUUUGCAACCGCAAAAAGGAAUAUUGGAGCGUAAAUCGCCAUCGAAAACGGAAUCGUCGGUAUCAAGCGUGGAGGAACUUAUGAAGGAGAAGAAUAUUUGGCGCAAAGGAUUACAAGUCUUCCAACAACUCGGUCUAGAUAAAACCGCUCUCGCAGCUGGUUACAGAUGUGGACUCUGCAGUUUUGUUCAUAAAACAAAAUUCCAAUGCGAAGAUCUGGCCGACACGGUGACACAGCCAUAUGAAGAAUUGAACGCUGACAUAAAAGCCUUCGAGCAGCGUCAGAAAAACCGCGACUUGAUCCUUACUCAGCGCGAAGUGUUUUGUGCUGUCGACAAAUCAAAUUGCAACUCCAGUGGUAGCGCACAUCCCGAGAGGUACCGCGGUGGUGUAUCGGAUUUCCUUAGUCCAGGAGGUCGACGUUGUUUUGAGCAAGGUGCGCCGCCACGGGAGCUAUCCAUGAAUGGACCGGCGGAUUCUGAAUCCUUACGCGACAUCUGGUCUCCUGGGCCGACGACAUCGUCUUCUUAUUGUUAG